AUGAUGUUGAAGAUUUGGGUGUCUUGGCUAAUGAUUAUGUUGCUUUUGUGCUCAAUAGCAACAGCAAUAGCUCAACGUCCAGCCGGUUCAAAACCCGGUUGCCGAGACAAAUGUGGUAAUGUUAGUGUUCCCUAUCCAUUUGGCAUCGAUGAUCGUGAUUGUGCCGAAAACGAGGACUUGUAUCUAAAUUGCAGUCAGAGUGAUGGUGAUGAUCCUGAGAAGUUGUGUUUUUAUAAUUUUCCUCUUCUUAAUAUAUCAGUGCUUGAAGGCUCAAUGAUUAUCAGCAUCCCCACCUCAUAUGACUGCUACAACCAGUCCGGGUUGCUAAGCGAGGUUCCUUGUAUUAUAAAUCUCGAACGGGCCCCUUACACGUUCUCAGACACCCAAAACGUGUUCACAGCUAUAGGUUGUGAUACUAUGGCUUUUGUAAGCAACGAAGAGGUAACAUAUGGGGCUGCUUGUAUCUCCUUGUGCAAUGAAACUGUGAGUCUGGCCGACAACAGUUCUUGCUCAGGUUCAGGAUGCUGUCAGACUUCAAUUCCUAAGGGUCUGAAGUCUCUGUAUAUUAGCUCCAUGUCUCUACAAAACCACACGAAUAUUUCAGACUUCAAUCCUUGCGGAUAUGCGUUUUUAGCGGAUAAAAGAUCCUUCAAGGCUUCAGAUUGGCAGCUCUCAGGUUGGCCAGAUGGAAAUGUUUCAGAUGUUGUGAUCGACUGGGUUGUCGAAACUAAGACGUGUGAACAGGCUCAAGCGAAUACUAGUUCAUAUGCUUGCAGUAAUAAUACUAAUUGCUCUGAGAAUGGCCAAGGAUAUCGUUGCGAAUGCAAAGACGGAUUCACAGGAAAUCCCUAUCUCUCACCAGGAUGCCAAGGUAAUCUAUUGUUACGGUUGAGUCAGACGUAA